AUGUCGGCCGAGCAAAACGACAGCGGCCGGCCUAGCGAGGUCCCCACGCCCAUCCGCAAGGAGAAGAAGCGCGUUGGCUUCCACCCCAGCAGCAGUCCGGCAGGAGAGAGAGAGAGUUCAGGAUCCAAGGCUUACUUUGGCCCCGAUGAAGUCGUUUUAUCACCCAGCGCUUCUCCAAAGCCGGUAUUCGGACAAACCCCCCCUGGCGCGCCGGAUGCUGUCGAACUGAGCAUCGCUCUGACCAAGAUCCUCACCGCAGAGCAAGAGGCGAUCGGGAACCAGCUAAAAGCCCAGGAUAAACCAUCACCUGCCACACCAGACCUCGCGGGGCCAAAACGUCCGAGACCAGCGCUGCGGCGGAAUACCAGUUAUGACGCCCCUGAGGAGCGACAGAAGGCCGACCUCGCGGAUUCGCGAGCCUCCGUGCGACAGCUCAUGUCCAUGUCGGUUGCGCGGCAAAGGGCGAACCGGUUGGCAGUGUCCGUGGGCAUCUACUCGGCGCCAGGCUCCAGGCGAAACUCACAGGAACUCCAAGCGCCGCCAUUCCAACCUUUGAUCGACGACUCAGAUGAUGAUGAGACAACGACGCCUCCCAAGAGCACGGCCAUCGAUGACGGACCCAACCCCAAGCUGCGGCAGCGAGUGCCCAGGGUCAACUCCGAUACUUGGGGGGACCACACCGUCGCGGAGAACCUGGUCAAGUCUCACUUGAAGAAGGGAAGGAAGGACUUAUUCACCCAAAAGGCCCAUGGCAGCUCCUCUGGAACAGCGACCCCAGUGCUCCAACAGGCUUACGCCCACGACUACGUUCCAAGACCCGAAAAGUACCGUGGCGGUGUCCUCUCCUCGCUCCUGAAGCUCUAUAAUGACGAGCGAUCGGGAGUCUCUAGCAGUGGGAAUAACACGCCUAUUACACCAGGAACUCCUCACCUCUCACCCCGCCCCUCUCCACCAUCCUCUCGACCACCUUCAUCGGCCGGAACUCCUCGAUCACGAUCACGGCCUAGCAGUGGUUUGUUUCACCAUCACCGCUCUCGCAACUCGACCUCGUCCUUGGCUCUAACUGAGCUCAUCAAGUCAUCCUCCAUGUUUGCAGUUCCAGGUUCUACCGAAAUAUCCGACCACUGGGCUGAGAAGCUCAAACGUGAGCAGGCGCCUCCCCCGAAGAAGCGUGACCAGAUUCGAAUCACUGUCCACAUCGCCGGCAUCAUUUCGCGCCACAAGUACCUUCUCAAGCUAUGCCGGGCACUCAUGCUGUAUGGUGCCCCGACGCACCGCCUUGAGGAGUACAUGACCAUGUCCUCUCGGGUCCUCGAGAUCGAAAGUCAGUUUCUGUACAUCCCUGGUUGCAUGAUCAUCAGCUUCGACGACAGCACGACCCACACUACCGAGGUGAAGCUCGUUCGCGUGAUCCAAGGUAUUGACUUGGGUCGCCUCCGAGACGUUCACGACAUCUACAAGGAUGUUGUACACGACAAACUGGGCGUGGAUGAGGCGACAAAGCGUCUGGAUGAGGUCAUGGCCUCGAAAGACAAGUUCAGCACAUGGUUUCGGGUGUUCUUGUACGGUGUUGCAUCAGCCUGUGUUGCCCCUUUCGCCUUUCAGGGGCGCUUCAUCGACUUACCCAUCGCCUUCUUGCUUGGGUGCAUAGUGGGAAUCCUUCAGCUGGUGUUUGCUCCUAGUAACGAGCUUUACGCCCACGUCUUCGAAGUUUCUGCGGCCGUCAUCACAUCCUUCAUUGCACGAGGCUUUGGGUCCAUCCACGGCGGCGAGCUCUUCUGCUUUAGUGCCCUCGCCCAGAGCAGUAUCGCCCUUAUUCUCCCUGGAUACAUGGUCCUUUGUAGUUCUCUCGAACUGCAAAGCUACAACAUCGUUGCUGGCAGCGUGCGUAUGGUCCACGCGAUGAUUUAUACCCUCUUUCUUGGAUAUGGAAUCACCAUCGGCGCCUCCCUUUACGGCAUGAUGGACCAGAACGCUACUAGCAGUACGACUUGUUCUGAGCCCCUAGGCCGGGCCUGGUACUUUUUCUUUGUUCCCGGAUUCACCCUUUGUUUGUGCCUCAUCAACCAAGCCAAAUGGAAACAGACACCCGUCAUGCUCGUCAUCGCACUGGCUGGCUUUUGUGUCAACAGCUACUGCAGCUCAUACUUUCAAGAAAACGGCCAAAUAUCGAACAUGUUGGGAGCUCUAACCGUCGGAAUUUUGGCGAACCUGUACUCGCGAUUGGGGCGACACGUGGAGAAUGCGUGGUUAGACGCGGUUGACUGGUGGCGGAUGACCGUUCGGCCAAGGCUCUUCAGAAAGAAACGGAAGCCUUGUGACGGGUGGUCGCUCCCUUCGCUCAGUGACCCGGAAUCUCGCCCUGGCACUCCCGAACCGCCUUUAAAACAACCUCGAAAGGUGGGAUACAGUCUUGCCGCCGCUGCGAUGCUUCCCGCCAUCUUUGUUCAAGUGCCUUCGGGUCUUGCUGCUGGUGGGUCUCUGCUGGCUGGAAUCACAACGGCAAACGAAAUCACCGGAAACUCGACUACAGUCGCAACUGGAACCAACACCUUGGCAAGCCUUGAUGGAACUGCCUUCAAUGUUCUGUUCAAGGUCAUCCAGGUUGCCAUCGGAAUCAGUGUGGGCCUGUUCAUGAGCGCCUUGGUCGUUUAUCCACUUGGAAAGAGGAGGAGGCCAACACAUAAUCAAAAAAACGGAGUUUUGUCAGAGAAGAGCGUUUUAUUUAUUUAUAUUUUUAUGGAUUUACAGCGGAUUGGGAGCGACUGGCGCAGCACGGACGAUAUCGAGAAUUUUACAGCAAGCCUAUUGGAUUCAGCACUGGUAAUACAUAACUCGAAGAAUUUAUAUCCAGUCCACUCUAGCCGUUACAUCUUUUGGUCAACAAUGAAGAUCCGUUCCUCUCGGAUCUCCGCCUCCAUCGUCAGAGCAAUACUACGACGAUGGAGUGAACAGAGCCUGGUCCAAAUAAUAAUCUCCUUUUUCGCCUUCUUCAAACUACUGCUCGCGCGCUAUCGCCUUGGCGACUUCUUUACCCUCCGCCAUGACGCCUGGGAGCUAGACGAGGAUGAGUACAUAGACUCCUUCCGAGCACCUUCGGCAGCUUCCGACGAAACCACGCCGUUGAUGCCAUCAUCAAGGAGGAAUGGGGAAGGGAAGGAAACCGUGGCAAUGCUUGUCCCCGCCGGAGACCUUGGAUACAGCGGGUCGACCUUUUUCACCACGCCAAAUGACAAGUACAUGGUCAAGUCGCUACCGCGGCGCUUCGAGUAUCGGUUUUUCACGCGGGAGCUCCUGGAUCCGUACAUUGCUCAUAUGCGAGCCCACCCGCAAAGUCUGCUUGUAAGGGUCACAGACUUGGUACACGCACCGUACGCGUCGCUGGGCGGCAUGCUGGGCACGGCGCCGACACACCACAUCGUCAUGGAGAACCUGCUCUACGGCAAGGACUUGGAGGAGACGGAGGAGGAGAAGGAGCGGUGGGAGACGUAUGAUCUGAAGCCCAAGGAUUACUUCGUUCCCGAGAUGGAUAUCGCUGAUGGCAGGCUGGCGCCGGAGAGUGUCAAAGACCGCCUCAUUGACGAGUUCCCGGACAAGGUAUCCGUAUCACGAGAACACAAGAAACAACUCCUGUCCCUCAUCGCAUCAGACUCGCAACUCCUAGCCGACGCCAACGCCGUCGACUAUUCCCUCUUCCUCGUCCGCUACCCCGGUCCGAACUCCAUCCCCGAACGAUCCUCGCCCGCCCCCGUCGUCAAGUCCAACGCUGGCAUCUGGCGCAGCGGCGUGGACGACGCCCAAGGUCGGUGGACGUACCGCGUAGUAGUGCUGGAUUUCUUCUGGGCCAAGCACACACUGCGUGCGCGGUCCUUGACUAGGCUUGUUAAGACGUUUAACAAAGUGGCUCAUAAGGGGCCCAUGACCAUUACCGCGGAUCCGGGCGAGUACCGGGAGCGGUUUUUAGAAAUGGUUGAUGAGAUGGUUGUUGUGGCGUGA